GUGCAAAGCAUUGUCCAUCUUGUAUCUUCCUUCUCCUCAAACUAGAAGGGCCUUUAAAAGCUCAAAAGCACUCAUCAAUAGCACGCAACUUGGCAUUUUUCAUCUUCACCUUCUUUUUUUCAGGGUAGCCACAUAAAAGUAUUGUGCAUGUGUUUGCCAGAGGGAGAAAGAGGCAUGGCACUAGAAGCAGUAGUAUAUCCCCAACCUCAAGACCCGUUUGGCUACGGAAUCAAAGACCCUUCUUACAACUACAACAACUUGUUAGAAGGUGGUGGAGGCAACUGGGGCUUUGAAAAAGAAGAGCAAGGUUUUGUCACUUUUCUGGAGAACCAAACAGAGAAUUAUCCUUAUGGAGAAUGGAACUGUUCUCCUUCUCCACCAUCCAUGUUGCCUCACUUGAAUGCAUCAAAUCCUCAGUCUUCAGAAACCAGCAACAUACAUAACAACUUAGAUAGUUCAAUUUCCACCCCUGCUCGUCCCAAAAGGCGCAGAACCAAAAGCAGGAAGAAUAAGGAAGAGAUUGAGAACCAGAGAAUGACUCACAUUGCUGUAGAGCGCAACAGAAGGAAGCAAAUGAACGAGUAUCUCUCUGUUCUUCGCUCUCUAAUGCCUGAAUCUUACGUCCAAAGGGGUGAUCAAGCAUCUAUAAUUGGGGGUGCUAUCAACUUUGUUAAGGAGCUGGAGCAGAGGCUGCAAUUUCUUGGUGGUCAGAAAGAGAAAGAGGAGAAAUCUGAUGUGCCCUUUUCUGAGUUCUUCUCCUUUCCACAGUACUCAACAAGUGCCGGUGGGGGCUGCGACAAUUCUACAGCCAUGAGUGAGCAAAAGUGUGAGGCUCAGUCUGGCAUUGCUGACAUAGAAGUGACAAUGGUAGAGAGCCAUGCAAAUCUCAAAAUAAGAUCCAAGAAACGGCCAAAGCAGCUCUUGAAAAUAGUCUCUAGUUUGCAUGGCAUGCGUCUCACAAUCUUGCACCUAAAUGUUACCACCACAGGGGAAAUUGUCCUCUAUUCUCUUAGUGUUAAGGUGGAAGAAGAUUGCAAGCUGGGAUCAGUGGAUGAGAUAGCUGCAGCAGUGUACCAAAUGCUGGAUAGGAUUCAACAAGAGUCAAUCUUGAAUUAAGAUUCUGAAGUUGAGCUAAUUUGGCCCAAUUUUUUUAACCUGAUCAAGAAGACCUUAUUAUAUUUGUUUCUCUUUUUUCAAGUUGUACGUAAUUAUUGCAACGGCUGUGGAUCCUGUUGUUAAUCUACUGAAGCACCUUGAUCGAUGUGGGGUCCUUGGAGGAAGUUUUUGGUUGAUUCCUUCUUAUUGUCUAUCUAGCUACCUCUAUUUUUUAUCCUUCUCUCUCUUUCUCUCUUUCUGUACUUUGGGUGGAGAAGGUUGUAGUGUAUUGUAUUGUGCUUGAGACACAUUCAAGUGCUCUCAGUCAAUUCUGCUUACCUUGCUUUAAUAGCGGUAGGCCAUCUCAAUCUCAAACAAAAGCCAAUUUGUCAAGCCCAAAUGCAGAAUAUCUCAAAGUCACUUUGAAUGAAAAAAGAUAGCCAAAGAUUUUAGGAGAUUCA